CGGGAUAUAAAAUUGUCAGUUUUAAUCUAAAUUCGGUUCAUUAAAAUUGUAUACAAUGCUUAGACACAGACAGUUAAAUGCAUUCGCUUGGGUGCGCUAUAUGGCCUCAUAUCAGACGAAUCAUGGCUACCGGAAAUUGCGCUGUAUCAAGAACUACUACGAUGUGCUUAAAGUUCCCGUUAACUGCGACAAAUCGGAUAUCAAACGAGCUUAUAUCGAGCUAUCGAAGAAAUAUCAUCCCGAUGGCAGCAGCCAGACGAGCGAUUCCGAAGAGUUUAUCAAAGUUUGCGAGGCUUACAAGAUACUUUCCAAGCGUGUUUCGCGUGAGAGCUAUAAUAACCGCUUGAGGUCACAGUUCUAUAUGGUGCCACCCGUGGACAUCAGCUAUAUGAACCAGAACAUUCACAAGUCCUGGAAAAAGUAUCAGGCAGCCAUGCGGAAUAAACAAUUUGGUCACAAUAUACCCAGUUUCCAUGGAUCCAGCAUCGUCCAUAAGAAGCCAAAGGUUAUCAAAUCAAAAAGCAUGAAUUCUAUGUUAUCAGUGAUUCCAUCAAUAAAUGCUGGUGAUGACAGCGACGACAAAAGAAGCCUUCGUAAAACUUAUCCCUUCAAGGGUUCGGGUAAAAGCUCCAAAUUAUUCACCUACUAUAUAACAGGCUUUAGCAUAGUAGGGGUACUCCUGGCAACCGAAUUUUUUAAGAAGCACAUGUGCCAUUCGACUGGACCUUCUCUAUAAAAUUUUCUUUGACUCUGCUUUCUCCGCGUACGUCAGCCGAUCCCAGUAUAUAUAUAUAUAGCAUUUCAGAAGUCUGUAACCAAAAUUUUUGUAGUUUUCGUUUUAUCCUGCAUGUCCCAACAGGAACUGUAACCAUGCCAUGAAAGUUUUAGGUCAAAUAAUAUACAAAUCCUAUGUUUUAUCGAA